AUGAGCCUUCCUUCAUCAUCGGCUCAUACCAAGAACCAUUACCACCACCACCACCACCACCAUUACCACAGAAACAACAACAACAAUUUCGACAUACAAUAUGUUGAACACUCCACCUCCUCAUCACAGCAACAACAACAACCUCAGAGAAGAGGAAGUAGUAAUAAUUUUAAUAGUUCUGCUGCUAGUAGUAGUGGUAGCACUACUGAAGGACGAAGAAAUUGUCCAAAUUCAUUGAAUCACAAACCAGCAUCGGCAACAGCACGGAACAGCGAUAGUAAUAACGGAACAGUGAGCAAUGAUGAACAUCAGACUGAUCUUAUCUCGAAUCAGGAAGCUACUAGUGGAUUUUAUAAGAAUAGACUAAAUUCAGCAGAAACUACAAAUGUAAAUCAUCAACAAAAUGUAGAAGGAGCAAGAAGAAGAUUCAAUAAUAACUCGACAAUGUACAAAAAGACUACAUCUAAUUCUAGGAGCACAGAAAGUAAAAUUUAUAAUGAGGACGAACAACAAGAAAAUGCUAAUAACACCAUGAAACAACAAGACGAUGAAUUACACCAACAAACAAUCGGGACAAGAUAUAGAGGCAAGAAUAAUGACAAACGGAACAAUUAUAAACGUUUUUCAAAUUUCAGGUCACAUGAAACUGGUGCCACUUCUAAUCAAUUACAACAAACUCAUCACCAAAAUGAAAAUGUUCAUCACUCUAGAAACUCUAAUAACAGAAAUAGAAAAGGCCAAAACACUGCUGACAAUGAAAACGCUCAACAAAACGACUCUAGGCAAAAUUUUAGAAUUUACCAAAGUAAGAACGCUAAACAAUCUGCAACACCACCUUCCUCACACUCGAUUCAAAACCAAAUCGCUGAACAAAGUGAAACUAAGAACAUCCCAAAAGCAAAAUCUAGUGGUUUCUCUAUAUCGUCUGCCGCCUUUUAUCCUUCCUCGAUGACUUCUUCGCCACCUUCUGCUAAUAGCAGUAUAUAUCAUCCAGGCCAAUACAAUAAUUUUCAAGGAUAUGCCUAUCCAUCUGUACAACAACUUGGAGGUUGUGUUUACUAUUAUCCUCAAAACAAUACCUAUUAUCAAUCCAAUCCCUAUAACUCGUCUGUGUUUUACCAAUCUCAAGAACCUGAGAGUCCAAAAAUGUUUAAGGUUCCUAACCGAGCAAACUCUAAACUAUCGACAUCAACAAGCACUACAAAGCAGAAGAAAGGUCGUAAAAAAGAACCAGUUGAACAAGAGUCAUCAAGUGAAGAAGAUGAGGAUGAAACAGAAUCAAUUUCAUCUGCAAAUCAAAUUCAAAUGAAUUUUGAUGAGGAUGACUAUAUUGUUGGUUUUGCAUCAUUCAAUGGAUCUCUGUAUUUUUGUUGGCAACAAGCAUCAAAGGAAUCAGAGUCUCAAUCCAAGAUAAGAGAAAUACUUACUCAAAGCUCAAAGUAUAGCAACAAAAGCUCUGAAACACUCUUUUCCACAUGCAUAAAGAAUAAGGCUAUUUAUGCUGCGUUAAAGAAGUUUGUUAAGAAGUUGAUUAAGCAAAACCAGCCAUACAAUCCAUACCUUAUUAACUCUCAUGCAUCUAUAUUGAUGAAAUCAUUUUUACUUUCUUCAAACACAUGGUUGGAGUUUUCUGCCAAUCUUCCUGCCAUUUCUAACAAAUUUGCCAAGCUCAAAGCUAGAGAGGUUAAAUAUUUGUUAUCAGAAUACUCAACUGAAUGGAAUUACUUCCAGGAUAUCGACUUGUCCAAAGAGGACGUGCUCGACAGAUUUAUCAAAGGAGAUGAAGAGUCUACUGUUUCGUCCUUUGUUGAACGUAUGAAAAAGAACGAGUUUUCAAAAUUCAAAAGAAGAUCUCACCUUCUUGUUUGCUCUUGGGUAUGCAAAUGUCCUAAUGGGAUGCAAGAAGUUUUUAUUGAACUCAUACGAACUCUUAAAUCUGUUCACAACACAUUAGGUUUUGUAAGAAAACGGUUGAAUGAAAUAUUUGAAAUUGAGAGAAAUGAAGCAAAGCCACCUAAAAUGACUAUAUGUGAAUUAGUCGCUAAAAUUGAUAACAUUCCUGACUUGACACCUUUUAAACAAAAAAAGCCUGAAUCUUCUAUAUUCGCAGAGAAGCGAUCGGCUGGAUCGAAUUUCAGUGACACCUUUGUUAAAGAAAUUGCUGUUAUUUUAUGCUUGAACAUUUUCCAAGAUCUGAAAUAUAAGUAUGAUUUUUCUCACAAGAAGCAGAAGGGAGCAGCAAACGAUUUCAAAAAGCUUUAUUCUAUUGUGGACGUUGAGACUCAAAAACAAAAAACAAGCUUUAAUGCCAAAAUUCAAGCAGCGUAUAGAGAUCAAAACGAAGCAUCAAUACUUACUCCAGAAGAAAAAGAUAAAUUAAUAGAACAACUCAUACAGUUUAUUACGUACGACAAGGAGUAUAGAUGCUACCAAAGAUACUUUGAUUUACUUAAAACGGAGGAGGAUGAAAUUAACAAGCCCUUCGGAUGGUUUCAAUAUCCAUAUCAACUUAAGGCUGUAAAGUGGUUAAAAAGAUUGGGUGCUCAAAUUGACUGGGUACAGAUUUAUCUCAACAGGAUUUACGCAUCUCCCAACUUUGAUCCAGACAUUAUAAAGCAGAUUGACAAAGAAUUUGAGAUAUCUGCGAACUAUACACUUGAGGCCAAAGACAAUCGACUCUCGUUUCUAGAUCAUUACGAUCGAACAUUUACUAUUGACAAAAAAGGAACAAAAGAUUGCGAUGAUGCGCUUACCAUUUUAUACCAUGACCAAAAUUGCAUUCACAUUGCAGUCCACAUUACGGACAUUGCCUCAACCAUUCUAAGAAACGUCGAUCUUUCGCAAGCUGCAUCACCAGUCGAUGAAUCCAAGAAAGAAGUUAAACGAACUCCUCCAGUUAAGACUAAGUUUGCUGAUCAUCCCAUAUUCCAAAGUUCCUUAUUUUCAGAGGCCUCGAAGCGUGUCAUGUCUAUUUACAUACCAGGAGUAGAAGAAACCUAUGCUCCUUGCUUUCCACGUCACCUCUCUGAAGAAGCUCUGUCGCUAAUUGAUAAGAAGCCUAAGGAGGUUAUUUCACAUAUUUUUGUUAUUUUUAAAGAUGGAAGAGUAGAGUUUAAAGGAGUAUUCAAGGGAUUGAUACAAGUUAGUCAGUCUUAUUCCUUUGAAGAAGCGGACGAGAAAAUCGAUUCCCCUCAGGCAGAUCCUUUUUGGAAACAGUUAUAUGAUUGUUGCUGUGCUAUUCAUGAUUCUCGUUUGGAACACGGUGCCAAAAAAUUUACGCCAGGUGUUGUUCCUCUCGGAGGAAUUGACCUUGUUCUUGAAGACAAUAAGAAUGGUGAUGAUCCAAUAAUUCAUGUCAAUACUCAACGAACAACUCCUUCCAAAUCUUCAAAAAUUAUUACUGAAUUUAGUAUUUUGCUUAACGCUACCAUGGCAAGGUACUUUUAUGACAAUAGAAUAGCUGGUCUCUACAAAGAAUUUUAUCAAACAUAUAACAGAUUGCUUCCAGAAUCUAUAAAGGAUAUGGACAUUGAGGAGUUUAUUGAAGUUGCAUCAAUAUUAGACCCUGAAGGUAAUGAAACUAAUUAUCUUGCGCAAGGAAAGAAUCACCAAACUGAGAACUAUCAAGCUUUAUUGAGGUUUGAGAAUGAACUAAAGCAACAGGGAAGUAAGAAGACAACAAACAUUAGCAAAAUAACGACAAAUCCAACAAAGUUUUACCAAAACAUCAUUGGUGUUGAACUGUACAUGCAACUUUCUUCUCCAUUGAGGAGAUGGCUUGAUUUAGUUUUACAAGUUCAACUAGUUCAUUAUUUAAAUACAAUUGAGUCCGGAGCAACUUGGACAGGAAUUGAAAACAGUCUGUUCAGCGAGGAAGUUUUACAUUAUUGGAGUGAAAAAGUUUCAGAUAAGAUUGAAACAGUGAAAGAAAUGGAAAAACAAGUGCUCUAUCACUACUUCCUUAAAUUUUUAAAGAACAAGAUGGAAUCUUGUGAUAGUGAGCACUUUAUUUUGGAAUGCGUUUCUGAAAUUAAUUUCAGAAAAGGAAAAAGAUUAUCUCACUCACAUCGUGACAAGUCGGGUGUGCAUAGAGAUUACAAUAACUUGAUCAACAGAAAAAAGCCAGUAUUCACCCAAUUGUUACGUUUACGAUUGGUAGAGUAUAAUUACUUUGCUAUUGAGGCCUAUGUGACAAGCAACACGAUUGAUAUGGAUGAAAUGACUGCCAUUAAGAUAAUCGAAAUUGAUACAUAUUGUCACACUAUUUCUGCAGAGUAUGUAAAGUGA